AUGCUCAUCACAUUCACUUCUCUACUCCCAGUGCCCACAAUCCGUCAGGUCACUAUCCCCGGAAAAGUGUUCUUGGUUUUAGCUGCCUCACUGAUUGGUGGAAUGAUGUCCGCCGAGCGUGCCAUGGCCGACUUUGGCGAAGUUAUGCGAGAGCACCGCCGCAACCAAUCAGAAGCCAUCAUGGACGAACGUAUAGAUGACGCCCGCAGGAUAGCCAUGAAGAACUAG